AAUCUCUGAAACACAGUACCUACUAGAACGGGAGUAUGCGUGUUUCAAUAUAAAAUGAGUAAUUUAUUUGUAAAUUGUGAUGAAUUCUAUUGAAUAAAAUCAUAGUUUUUAUGUUUUGUCGCAAUCGAGUUAUACUAAAGUCUGGAAUAAUCAGAUAAAUUGUAAUACCAUUACAUAUUUCAAGUUUACAACUACAAAAGAAAAAAACAUUACAAGUUUUAAGAACCACAAAACCAAGAUUUCAUUUACCAUUUACAAUGCAAAACAAAAAUCAAAAAACAGAAUCCAGAAGAUUUGCAAAAAAUGGAAAAACCGAGUAUAAAAAUCGUAGUUGGAAAAUCGGAAAUUAUUUUUAUAAUAAUAAUAAUAAUAAUUUAUUCAACUCAAAUAAAAUACAACCAAGAAAAGAAGAAAAACAUAAAAAAGUUGAUGGUGGUGACGUAUUCCUAUCUUUACCAUCGGAUCAAGUGGUUGAUUGUAUCUUCAGUGAUAAACUUCUAGUCCAAUCUGAAGCAAAAGUAUUUGAGAGUGUUAUGCGUUGGGCAAAACAUGAUUCGGCUUCAAGAGACUGUUUUUUACCCCAAUUAAUGGAACACGUACGCGUACGUUUAAGUGAGGCAUUACCCUUUCAUACACUCAAGUCAGAUAUGCUUAAUCGGUAUAAACCUGGAUAUGGAGAUAAAGUUAUUUUAGUUGUUGGUGUAUUUGAUGAAAGAAGUAAGUGUACAGAAUUUUACGACCCAAAAAUGAGACGAUGGGUUAAUGGACCAAACAUGAUAUCAAAACGCUGGAAACCUUGUCUUGCUGUAGUGAAAGAUAAUUUAGUGUUUGCUGUGGGUGGUUCUUCUGAUCGUUUAAAACCUGUUCGGACCGUUGAAGUGCUUGAUUUGUCUUCAGAAAUGCCAUGCUGGAAACCAAGUGUUGACAUGUUGGUCGAGCGACAUAUUUUUGGAGUUGGUGUAAUCAAUAAUUGUCUAUAUGCUGUCGGCGGACAUAAUUAUAGUGAUAAGGAAUUAGAUACUGCAGAAGUUUUUGAUUACAAUACUCAAGAAUGGCGGAUGAUAUCUAAAAUGUCUACUAGAAGAUCUGACCCUGGGGUCGCAGUCCUGAAUAAUCUUUUAUAUGCGGUAGGAGGAAAUGAUGAAUCAUUACGGGCUUUAAACACUGGUGAAUGUUAUGAUCCGAGUCUUGAUACAUGGACACCUAUCGCAAAAAUGUCUGUACGACGCAGUCAGUUUAGUGUAGGAGUUUUAGACGGUAUACUGUAUGCUGUAGGAGGUCAUGAUAACUAUAACUGCCUAAAUAGUGUUGAAGCCUACAUCCCAAGUACAGGAGUUUGGAUUACUAUUGCGGACAUGCAUGUUGCUCGAUUUCGUGCAGGUGUAGUUGCAUUAGACGGUUUAUUGUAUGUGACUGGUGGAUCUUACAACAUGAUUGUUGUGGAUUCUACUGAAUAUUACAGCCCUGAAACCAAUACCUGGACAAUAGUCACAGAUUCGACGAAAUUUGCUCAUACUUCAACAGGACUAAUAGCUAUUAAUAGGCCACGAUAUUUUAAAACUUAAGCAUUCAUAAUUUUUUUUUCGAUAUAAUAUAUUUAUGUUUUCUUAUAUUGUA